AUGAAAUGCAGUUCGGCACUGUACGAUUCGAUUAUUAACUUUGGCGAAAGUGUUCCACCACAAGAAUUCGACGCAAGUUUUGAGCAUGCAGAAAAAGCCGAUGUUUGUCUCGUAUUAGGCUCGUCAUUGCGCAUUCCACCAGCAGCCUAUGUUCCACAAACAGUCGCUGAACGUGGUGGUAAAUUGGCUAUCGGUAAUUUACAAUUGACUCCAAUGGCUUCAUUGGCUCAAUUAAAUAUUCAUGCUCUGUGCGAUGAUCUUAUGCGAGGUUUGAUGGCCAAAUUAGACAUUCCCAUACCUGAAUGGGAACUUCAUCGACGAGUACGUANUUAA